CAAAUUAUGACUUUAUGUUUGCUUCCACUAGUGGUAAUAUAAUAGGGAAUCGGUUCCUUACUCUGGUAUCCGGCAAUAAAACUCUGUGCGUCUUCUACAGGCAGUUAGAAACUAAAACGUUGUCAUGACGAAUUUGACCUCCGUACGUGUGGUGGUUCUAGGUAGUAAGAAUGUUGGCAAAACAGCCGUGAUAGUUCGUUUUCUGACCCAGCGUUACAUUGGCGAAUACCGUUCUAACACAGAUUGGUUGUACAAGCACAAUGUGACAUGUGAUGAGACUGCUAGCGAGGUGGAGAUCCUAGACAUUUCCCGCUGGUCGGAUGACUGUUUGCCUAUCGACGAGGUUCAAUCUGCAGACGCUUGUGUUGUUAUUUAUAGUAUCUGUGACCGGGAAAGUUUCAACAGAGCUCAGGACUGUCUUAAUAUAAUACAUCGUUUGAAAGCUCCCCAGUAUAUUCCUGUCGUGUUGUUAGGCAACAAAAGAGAUUUGGAACUAGGCCGACAGGUGUCAUUUGAAGACGGAAACGAACUCUCUACGCAAUACGGUUGUGACUUCAGCGAGGUAUCUGCAGCAGGUAAUUAUGCUGGAGUUAAUGAAGCCUUUUACAGUCUAAUACGCCAAGUCAGAACUUCUCGGCAUCAAAGAUCUCUUCCUAGACAGAGAAAGAGGAGCAUCAUGACAGUUUCCAAGGUGUUGGGUGCGAUGUUCGGAAAGAAUUCCCAUAAAGAUACAAGAAAGAAUAAGCAAACGCCCUGUUCACUAUAAGAAUGAUAAUCUGUCAAAACGAUAAAUUCUAAAACAAGUUAAAAUGAAAUAUCGUAAGAUAUCCAAUGAGACAUGGUUGUUACACCGCGAGUUGUAUAGCUUUCAGGACGUAAUAGAUACUGUUUCCACGUGAGGUCUGGGCGUAUUGAAAGCUUACAGAAUUUCUAAAAGCACUACAUGUUUUAUACCAUGACAACGGUAAUGCAUUUAUAGGAAAAAGUAAAUAUUCCGUAAGGAAACUAUUGAAAUUCCACCAG